CGUACCAUUAAAUAACAAUAUCACCUGAAACGAUACGCACUGGGACGUUUUGUGUUUUACUUACUCAUUUUGCUAUCAAGAUUUUGCUUUAUCAAUUCAGUUGAUAAUGUGCUUACACGUUUCUCGUAAGCACAAUGUGGCCCCAGGCAAAUCUAAUUAAGCUUUCAUGAAUCCUUAUGUGUUGCGUGAGUAAAACUCAACUCUCUGUAAUAACAAGGGGCCGCUGCUGUCCUGCAGACAAAGCAAUCGAGCGUGGAUCACUCGAGCUGCCUCUGAGCAGACAAGGCACAGGAAGAUGGCAUCCACCGACCAACCUGAUCCACCAACACAGUCUGGCCUUCCACCUGGAUAUGAUACGGCAGCUCCCCCCAGAGAAGCACUGAUUACCACGGCUGUAAAAUUUCUUCAGAACCCAAAAGUACGUCAGAGUCCAUUGGCCACCAGAAAAGCAUUCUUGAAGAAAAAAGGGCUGACAGAUGAGGAGGUAGAGUUGGCCAUCCAGCGCUCUGGCAGCACAGAGGAAGUCCUGCCUCUGAGCGCUGUGGGACCCCCACAGCCGCUCCAUGCACCUCAGCUGGUUCCUGCACCACACAGUCCAACAGGCUACAGAUGGAGAGACUAUGGUGCCCUCACCAUUAUUAUGGUGGGCAUCGCCUUUGGAUUUCAUCAGCUUUACAAAAAAUAUAUCCUUCCCCUCAUUAUGGGCAGCCGAGAGGACAAGAAGCAUCUGCAGAGGAUGGAGAGCAACAUUGCGGCAAUGAGUGGCACGCUGACACAGACAGUCAGCCAGCUGCAGCAGACCCUGGUCUCCAUCCAGGAGCUCCUGAUCCAGCAGCAGCAGAGAAUCCAGGAGCUCUCUCAGGAACUGGCUGCAGCAGAGACAUCAUCUUCAACCAGCCGCAUCCUGGAUAACCAAACAGUUGGAGAGCUGAAGGCUGAGAUCGUCUCUUUGAAGGGCUUACUGCUCAGCAGGAAACAAUUCCCAUCCACUCCCGCUAUUCCUAAGAUCCCCUCGUGGCAGAUUCCCUUGAAGCCGCCUUCAGCACCCGGCUCGCCAUCCGUCAACAGCAGCAGCGACAUCUCCCCUGUCAGUAAUGAGUCAGCUAACUCUUCCCCUGUUAAAAAUGGACACCACAACUCCCAGAAUGCACUGGGGGGGCCUGAUGGAGCUCAUGGUAUCAAUGGAGACAUCAGCCCUGUGGGCCUCGGCGCGACGCUGCCCCUGGACCUGAAGGACCAGGUCCGUAUGGAGGUGCAGGGGGAAGAGGAGAAAAAGGAGGAUGAUGUCGGCCUCGAGGAGGAGGAGGAGGAGGAGGAGGAGGAGGAGGAUGGUCUAAGCAUGCAGACAGAGGAUCGGCGAGGUGGAGAUGGACAGAUUAACGAACAGGCGGACAAACUGAGACGACCUGAGGGUGCCAGCAAUGAGAGCGAGGUUGAUUAGACAGUAGACACAGUAGAAAGCACAAAAUAACUCUGCAGACACAGCUUCUCACCAUCUCCUCAUCUCUGCUGACGGCUUUGUUUCAUUCUCUUCCUCUCUUGCUUGCACUCAUACUGUUUUUUAUGUUUUAAAUCCAUCCAAUUCACUGUCUGUUUCCACUUGCUUCUGUUACAUCUUGAGCAAAAUAAGGAGCUGGUGUAGGCGUGAGAAAACUCAAAACUAACAAAUAUUGGAGUGUCUAGUUGACACACAGCUUACCUCAAUUUACUUUUCAUCAUGCAAACUAAAUGACUGCAUGCCGAGACAAGCACCGUGCUGUGACGUUUCUUUGAAAAGAGAAAUGAUGGACAGUAGUCAAAUCAGGAUGACUUAAAAAGGCUUUAUGCAGUACUACUCAUAUGUGACUUACUGCUUUUAAUUUUCAUUAUUUGAUCAGAUAAUUCACAGCUUUGCCCUGCUGCCCUUGUAGUUGUUCUAAGGCUCUUAUACAGACCAAAGAGACCGUGCAGCACAGAUUGUCUCCCCUGUAUAGUGCAGGUGUAGGUCAGGAAUCAUAUGUUGAUACUUCAGUCUCAAAGCUACCGUGAGCUUCCAGAGAAGCAUUAGCAGAGUUUGUCUCCCUGUUGAUGGCAAUAGGAGAGGACAAGCUCUUCCAGGGCUGGAGCUUUUAGCCUCUUUUAUGUGUCCUUUCGCAUUGGUGUCAGUCUGUCAAUAAUUCACAAGGCCAGCAGGGUGGCAUUUGGGUGAAAUAAAAGCCCUGAAAUUCGAGAUUAGAAUGUGAUGACGGGCUUUGUUCCAUGCCGGUGUCAGAGUGCUCAUAUGCUCAAAGGAGGAGAAGAUAAAUGUUUUUGGUUUUUUUUUCCCCUUUCUCACUGAGGGCUGAAUUGUGCAUCUUUGCGAGUGUGUUUGUGCGAGGCAGGCAAGAAAAAAACCCAGGCUGUCUGCUGAGCUGUAUCUGUGUCUCCAGCAGGGCAGCUGAUUUGGUUUGUGAAGUAUGUUAAUAAUCAAAUGAUCAACAAAUAACAGAUGUAUUAGUUCAUGCAGCUUGAAAUGUCAAGGAGGCUAAAAGCGGAAAUCUAAUACAGAAAGCCCAGUUGCAUUGUAUUAUUUUCCAUGACAAACCCUCCGGUCCAAAUUAUGUAGGGCCUCCUACAGUGAGUAAUCUUUACAGAAAACGGCACCAAUAUUUUGUAAUUAAGCUGCAGCAAGACAACGAGGGCUGCCACAGAUGGAAGUUGCUGAACCUGUAUCACUUCUUUUCUUCUCAGUGUGGAGGUGGAUGGGGGAAGGUUUAAAAAAAAUUGCCCCAUGAUUGAAAAGGAAAGUUAUAAAUGAAUACUUGACUUAUUGAAUUACUCACUCUGUCUCCAGCUAACAAGAAGAGUCCAUGAGUGAGAAGAAAGGAGAUCAGCUCUCGUGCCAUUCCCACCUUCAUCACAUGGCCUUCAUUAGGAACACAGUAAAGGUAGAGGGGCACUGCACAUUUCUGCGUGAAACCUUCAAAGUAUCUUUAGUUAUGUUGACUGAGUUAAUGUUAAAUGUGUUGAACGAUGAGACAAUAACAUUGCAGUAUGCUGUAAAAUCCAUAUUGUUGAGUUAUUUGAAUUGAGUGAAUUUGUAUGGAUGAAUAAGGUUGUUUGAGGGAGUAAAGAAUCAAGAGGUGUAAUGUAAUGCUUCUUAGCCACUGUAGUUUCAGUGAUUGGUCCACUCUGUAACCUGCUGAUUACAGUCUGAAUUUCAGCCAAAUGUGUACAGAAGUGUAAUAAAUUUGGUUUAUCUGAA